AUGGGGUCUGCACCACCUCUCCAUGUAGUGGUCUUCCCUUUCAUGGCACAAGGCCAUACCCUCCCUAUGCUAGACCUCUCCAAGCUCCUAGCUCGCUGCGAGUUGAGGGGACCACUAGGAGUAGAGAACACUGUUGACCUUCCCUCAGAAGACCUGUGUGCUCCUUUCAUCGAGGCGAUCAAGAAGCUUAAAGAACCCUUUGAGGAGAUCCUCAGAGGUAUGUUUGAGGCUGGGUGUCCACCCAUUGGUGUGAUCUUAGACUUCUUCCUAGGCUGGACGCUUGACUCUUGCAACUCUUUUGGCAUUCCUAGGAUUGUUACUUAUGGUAUGAGCGCCCUAUCUCAAGCAAUACUGAUUACAUCAGGCUUCCACACUCAAUAUAUUUUGGCAUCAUUGCCCGAGGAUCCUGUACAGUUUCCUGAGUUACCAACCCCAUUCCAGGCAGAUUUAAAUAGCUUUGAAGAUAUUGAAAGAGAGCAUAUAGCUGCUCUGGAAUCACUCUAUAGUACGGAAGCCAAAGCAUGGUGUGUUGGCCCUCUACUGCUUUGUGAUCAAAUCAAAGAAGAAGAAGACACCAAAGCACAUGUUACUGACGAGCAGUUGGAUGAGAUAGCUCUUGGGCUGGAAAUGGCCAUGCAUCCAUUCAUCUGGGAGGUAAAAUCCAGGAAUUGGGUGGCACCAAAGGGAUGGAAGAGAGUGAAGGAGAGGGGCUUGAUUGUGAGAAGCUGGGUGGAGCAGCCUAGAAUACUAGCACACCCAAAAACAGGAGGAUUCUUGAGCCACUGUGGCUGGAACUUUUUUGGAGAGCUUGUCAAUGGGGGUGCCACUGCUGGCUUGGCCAACCGCAGUUGA